UGCUUCUAAUUAAGAAAUUCAUUUUAUUCUUAUAUGUAAAUUUAACGACAGUUCCAUAUACAAACAAUCCUUACAUAAUAGGUGAUUAAAUUUUGUUAUAAUCUGCAUUUGAAUAUAUGUCAUUUUUCAACAGUAUUGUUUUUCCUGAUCUCUUAUUCCUUAAAGUUAGUUUUUGAUUUAAAAAGUUUUCUUCUUUAAAAAAAAAGGUUCUCUUUUGACUACAAAGCUGGCACAAAAGAUGUAUAUAUUUGAGUUUUACUCCAGGAUGGUAUUGCAAUUAUCAUAACACACAAUUACUCUUUGUUUGUCAAUAUGUUUUGGUUUCUAAAACCUUUUUGAUCUUUUAAUACCGUAGGAGUAUUGUGGAUAAGUACUGCAGGUAACAAUAUAACAAUCACGAUACAAAUGAUAUUUUACUAUAAAAUCCUCUGCUUAAAAUGAUCGCCAUAAUCAACUAUCUGAUAUUACAACCAAGGCCUGAAGUUAAUAAAUGCAAUUACUUGCUCAAUACCUACCAGUUAUUUUAUGGUUUUGUAUGGAUUCAGCCUUGCCUGCUUUAUACACAUUGACUUCGUGGAAUGACACAUGCAGUCAUCAAUACCGAUUUACAUUUUGUAAAUGUCAUACUUAUUACCUUUUUAUUAUUAACUCACAAACAAUAAACUGUACUUGCAGUAGUAAAAAAGAGGACAAAAAAUUGUUUUUAUGUAAACGAUGAAAAUAAAAAUAUCAUUACGAAUUAUAACACGUAAAUUACAUGUUUGUGACAAAUGUGGGUCAUACUAAAGUCAACUGCCAAGUGACGAUGCAAGAGGCAUUAUUACCGCAAGUUAAUUAUCGCGGGGGAUUCCCAACAUGGAAAAUAUUUCUUUUUUCUUAAUCCCUUGUCAUGGAUAUCAAACGAACAGUACGAUGAUUAGAAUAAUUUGUUAUAGAACUAAGACAAUAUAAAAGAAACGAAUAAAAAUAAUGCAUUAAAAUUUUGAAUACAAAUUUCCCGGUGUUCCCAUCAAAUAAAGGGAGUAACGCAUAUUAUUCGAAAAGUCCUGUACAAAAAUAUAAAAAACUAUAGUUAUAGGUUUUUUCAUGUUGUAUGUAACAAUUAAUUGUUCUACUGUUGUUUUUGUGAUGUAUGUCGUACAUAAUCUGUAAGUAUAAAUUAUAAAAAUUGCAAUAAAAGAAAGAAGUAGUUUUUCUGUAAAACAACGGUUAAAAUACAUUUUUAAGUUAACACUAUAUCGAAAUGAUUUGCUGUGCAGUCAUACAAUUGUUUCACAGUCUAAUUUACAUUUGUUUGUUUAUAAGAUCACAGUCUUAUUCGAGAAUGGCGUUUUUGCUCAAAUAACCUUUCAUUAUCAUUUGACCGAAUGUAUAUCUUUCGUUAGAAACGAUCAGAAUGAGACAUCAUUGUAGCAAAAUGGCUUUCGGUAUUUCGGUCGAUUAAUUUUACGUGUAGUUUCGGCUCGAUUUACGCUAAAAUAAUGGUUAAAAAAUGUGCAUAACUGCUAAAGGAUAUUGUAGUGGGUGGUUUAUAACAGAAAUUCCAUUCGAGGUGGUUGUUGAUCCAGCAGAAAUUCGUUAUGGACUCCCCUGAAUGUAAUUUUGUUCAACUUGGUAUUCGGAGACUUUUUGGUAUCAAUUUUAGGAAAUCCAUGGACUUUUAUUUCUGCUUUGUAUCACAGAUGGAUCUUUGGUUCUGUAAUGUGCCAAAUAUAUGGAUUUUUUAUGGCAUGGCUUGGUAUCACGUCCAUUUUAACUCUAACAAUUUUGGCAUUUGAAAGAUACACGAUGAUAACUGGGCCAUUUCGAAAAAAACCGCUAGAAAUUAGUACGGCUGUGACGAUGAUAGGAAUUGCAUGGAUUUUAUCAUUCGUGAUGACGGUUCCACCUUUACUUGGAUGGAGUGAAUACGUUAAUGAGGCAGCCAAUAUUAGUUGCUCAGUGAAUUGGGGAGAAAGAUCAAUGGGAGCUACAUCUUACAUUCUCUUUCUUUUUUUCUUUGGACUAGCACUACCGGUUACUAUUAUUAUUUACAGUUACCUGAAGAUAUUGGUAACAGUAAGAAAGAAAGCAAGGAAUACGGGAAAAGUUAGUAGAGCAGAAUGCAGAGUUUCAACGAUGGCUCUGUUAAUGAUUUUGGCUUUUUUGUUUGCUUGGAGUCCAUAUGCAACCUUAGCUCUCAUUAUUCAAUUCGGCAACGUUACCGAAAUAAGCCCCUCUAUAGCUGUAAUACCUUCUCUUGUAGCUAAAAGCAGUAUUUGCUAUAAUCCCAUCAUUUAUAUCGGUUUGAAUACUCAGUUUCGAUAUUCAAUUUACAAAAUGUUUGGUUUUUCAAAUGUAAGCAAAAGUACUUCAAGAAAUGAAAAUGGUAAGGUUUUAUCUUUGAAACAUCGAACAGAAUCACCUACAAAAGGAACCCAAAUUUCUUCCACAUCUUUGCAAAAUUGUCAUGAAAUUAUCGAAUUAAAAGUUACUACCUCUAAAGUUCUAGACGGUGUUUGUUCUACUGAUUUAUAAAUAUAUAAAUUU